AUUAACGACUACACGAUGCCCCAGAGUACAACUUUCAAGACCAGCUAAACAAACGAAAUGUGUUGGAAACUAUUAUGCCUUUUACGGCGCAUGAGUGCGCCUUCUCGGAAACAAUCGGAGGAUGACGUGACAAAUAUCCUGAUAUUCGGGGUGACCGGCAUGACGGGAGGGGCCGUGGCGGAAGCGGCGCUGGGCUGUGCGUGGUUUAGAGUCAACGGGUUUACCCGCACGAUGCAGGGUGAGGCCUAUGAUGAGCUUGUCUCUAAAGGAGUGACGCUACACACAGGUGACAUGACAAAACCACUGACCAUCAAAGGAGCAAAGGAGAACAUAGACACGGUCUUUCUACAUACAACCUACUGGGAAACCAUGAGUGUGGACAUCGAGUAUCAGCAGGGCUUUAACGUCGUGAAUGCGGCCAUGCAGAGUAAAGUCAAACACUUGAUCUACAUAGGGGCUGAGUACUCCAGUCUGACAGCCAAAGAAAGAUGCAAGUAUUUUGAAGGAAAGGCAAUGGUAGAAAACUAUAUUGUCAAUGCAGGUGAUGUGGGAUUUGAUGAAUGGGAAAUUCUUCAUGAAGAUGGACAUCUAGAUGAUGGUCUAUAUAAGCCAUCAGACAUGUAUGUGCCAAAAGAUGACCAACCUCAUUCUCCAGCUGACAAAGAAAAGCCCAUGGACAUAGACUCACCUCCCCCAGUUGUGGGAGAUGGGUUUGGUGAUGAAUUUAUGGAUGCAGAUGAUGGCUGUGAUGAAGAUGAUGAUGAUACCUUUGGAGAUAUCGAUCAGGAUUUUUUUGCACAAAACUUUAUGGGCACUGGAGGUUUGUUUGAAGAUCCACCUGCCAUGUCUAAUGUCAACGCCACGAAUGACGCAUCUGAGGCUGCUUCCGCUUCACCUAAACGAGAUGAUAAGAAGUCUUUGGGUGGUGAGACUGAUGCAGAGGAAACUGUGCCCCUUCAAGCUGCAGCUGCUGGUGUGUCUGCUGUUUCUAGCACUAUGGGGGAACAGACUACACGUGUAGAGCAUCUUGAUACUGUUCCAGAAAAAAGAAGAAAAGUUGGAAGAGAGAGUCUCCCUCCUGGAAAAAUUCAGAUAUUCUGUUGGCUAUUGGCCUUCUAUUUCUUAAUAGGCUCAGCAUUUGCAGAAAAAGAAUACACGCAUGUGUGUCGAUAUGAUGGAAAGGUUGAUGUGUGUAUUCCCAUCGAACCAUCCGAAAAAGAAAGACUGAAAGAGACCGUAACGAGCUCAGCAUUUGCAGAAGAAAAAUACACGCAUGUGUGUCGAUAUGAUGGAAAGGUUGAUGUGUGUAUUCCCAUCGAACCAUCCGAAAAAGAAACGACAAUACUACGGAUUGUAGAUAUUUUAGAUGGGCCUACAACAGGAACUGAGCGUAUUUAG